AUGGCUCUAGGGAGUCCCAAGCUCGCCGCAGCGGCGCCGGCAGCGACAGCCACAGUUGACAAACAAAUCGAGGAGGACAUCCACAAAUUAUGUGCCGAGGUCCUCUCGCGGCCGCUUGCCAGGGUAAAGCUCGGGCGGUCCUUUCUUGCUCAUGGCGGAGACUCGCUGCUUGCGAUCAAGUUGAUGGCGCGCUGCCAAAGUAUGGGAUAUACCAUCAACGUCCAAGACUUGCUUCAGGCCACCAGCAUCCGGGAAUUCUGUCGCUACGUGCAACGUCAAACCCGCGAAGAUGACUCGGCGUUACCUUUGUCAAACGGCCACGUGGACCCAUCUGUCACAGCCCCAUUGGACGUCGCUGAUACCGGCGACCACCUGACACCAGCAGACGUGCUAGGACCAGUUGACCGACCGCAAGAGCUAGAGAAGGCUGAAGCUCAGGAGCAUACAGGGGGCAAGGGACGCUUGCGUGUGGACGACGAGGUGCCGCCGUUUUCCCUCUGGCAGGAGGCAGAACGUGUUGUGGGGAACGACGGCAAACCCUCUUCAACGACGAUGGACGAGCAACUGCGCCUGGUCGCGGAGCAGUGCGGUGUAUCUAUCGACAUGAUUGAGGACGUCUACCCUUGUACCCCUUUGCAAGAAAUUUUGAUGGCUGUCACCGCCACGCAACCGCGGGCGUACGUGAACCGCUGGGUAUACCGCAUACCGCCUGAGCUCGACACGGCCCGGCUGAAAGAAUCCUGGGUGCAAGUCGCCCGCGCGGCGCCUUUGCUGAGGACUCGGCUUGUGCUAGGAUCACUCGGCACGGCGCUGCAGGUGGUGCCGGAUGACUGCAUCCCCACCUCUCCGCCAUUCCCCAGAUUCAUCCGAUAUCUCGGCAACCUUGACGAGGCGGCGGCUGCGUCCUUCUGGCAAUCACAGCUCAGCGGCCAAUCUCCCGCUCCAUUUCCUACCCCGCCGAAACCGUCUUAUAACCCCGAUCCCAGCCAAAUCAUGAUACACAGUUUGACGGCAACGCCGGCAUUUGCCGAUAUCACCAUGUCCAGUUUCUUGCGAGCAGCAUGGGCGUUGGCUGUCUCCUCGUGCACCGGGGUUGACGACGUGGUUUUCGCCUGUGUCCUCAGCGGGCGGACUGCUCCCGUCAGAGACGUCUCUGACAUGCUGGCGCCGACCAUCACGACGGUGCCCGUUCGAAUCCGCAUUGACAAAGCGCAACCAACCGCUGAGUACUUGGCUGCGGUCCAGCAGCAGGCUGUCUCGAUGAUGCCCUUCGAGCACACCGGGCUGCAGAGCAUCUACCGUCAUACUGGUGCUAGAUUGGAUUUGGGCCAUCUUUUCACCGUGCAGCCCGCCGAUGUGUGGACGAGCGUGACGACGACGCCGCCUCUCGGGUUAGAGGUCCAUACUGCACCAGACACACGGGCGGAUGGCUAUGGCCUUUCGAUCGAGUGCCUCACGGGCGGGAAUGCUGACCCCUCGGUCGUGAAGGUCCACGCUCGGUUCGAUGACACGAUGGUGUCGAGAUCAUUUUUAGAACGUCUGCUCGCCCGGUUUGCGCACAUCUUGACCCGUCUGACCGAUAUCCUCCAUGAAGAUGGGGGGGUAAUUGGAGAUCUGGUUUCCAUUCAGGAAGAGGAUGCUCCAGCAGCACCUGUGAGCAGGCUACAAGAACAACUCCAGGCGGUGUUUGCUAAAGUUCUCGGGCUACCGGCGGACGAGGCCCUCAUGAAUCGAUCAUUUCUCAGCUUGGGCGGGGAUUCCAUCAGCGCAAUGCAGGUGAUAUCCGAAUGUCGCAAUCAACAUGGCAUUAUCCUCACUGUCCGAGACAUCCUACAGAGCAUGACGGUGGCGCAAAUUAUCUCGCACGCUUCCUUGGACGCCGACCCCGGUCAUUUGCCGGGUGUAUCGCUUAAUAGGCCGUUGAGGGACGUUCUUGCGCAGCUGAACGCUUCGCGGUCCUUUCUGGAGAGAGCGGAAGGCAAGGCGAGCGAUACCUCCACACCAGAUCUGGCGCAUGAAGGCCUCUUUCAACUAUGGGCUUCCAUGUCCCAAGUGGGAAUCGCGGGUGUGGACGAGGUGGAAGACGUGUACUUCUGCUCUCCUACGCAGCAAAGCAUCGUCAUGAGCCAGACCAAGGACCACACAACGUACAGAAUUCGGCGCAUCUGCGAACUCAACCCCCCCGAGGCAAGGGGCCGGGUCGAUAUAGACAGGCUCUCGCAGUCCUGGCGUGCCGUCGUCAGCCGCCAUCAAAUCCUGCGAACCAUUUUUGUCCAGGUCACCACCGGCGAGGGACAUCUGUUCUACCAGGUGGUCCUGAAGCGGUGCAAUCCUCAAGUCCGCGUCGUCAACCAAACAGGGCCCAACGACCUCGUCUCUACUCUUUCUCAAGCCGAGCCGGUCCCCUUUAUAUCCGGUCAACCAAACCAUUCCUUGUCCCUUUACACCACCGAAUCCGGGGCGGUGUACGCGAAGCUGGAGAUUAGCCCUGCGCUCGUGGAUGGUGCCUCUCUUGACUUGGUGCUCCGCGAUCUUGUCGACGCAUACGAGGACACCCUUCCCGAGUCGGCCGCGCCCUCGUUUGGCGCAUAUGUUGAGUUUUUGCCCCUGAAGCUUGAAGCAGAGUCGUUGGCAUACUGGACUCACCAACUCGCCGAUGCCCAGCCAUGCUACCUCCCACCGUCGGCCACACAGCUCAUGAAGCCUACGGCAACCGGCAAGGUAGGGGCAAGCGUCGUGACAGCAUAUAUCGGGGAUAUCAACAUCUUCCACGGCUUUCGUGACGCCCACCGCGUCCCUGGUGCUGACGAGAUUGUCGGUCCCAUGUUGAACAUGAUGAUUUCGCGCAUCCGGCUCGGUGACCCGUCGAUGACGGUUGCCCACGCCGCACAGCAGGUGCAAUGCGGAUUCCUCAAAGCAUUUGAGAAUCACAGAACCUCGUUUAGAAACAUUCAGCCCGAGCUUCAACUGCCGGAGAAGGGCCUCUUCAACACAACUGUGUCGUACUUCCGUCAGUCUUCGGAGCAUGUCCCGGCCUCCGGCCGCUUGGGUAUACGCAAUGUUGCUAUGGAAGGAUCGACAGAGUAUGACGCGAGUCUCCAGGUUCAGGCUGGCGAUAGCACCAUGGAGAUCUCUCUUCGCUACUCGACAUCCUUUAUGGACGAAGAGUCCGCCAGGCUUGUGCUGGAAAACACCCGACACACGCUGCUUUCCAUCGCGGGCGGCAUCAAGAAUAAACUGGACGAGCUGGAGGCUCUGAGCCCCUCCGACUUUGAAAAGAUGAUUCAAUGGAACCCAGAUCUUCCACCCGCCACCAACCAGGAUUGCCUCCAACAGCGCAUUCGCCAGCAAUGCCUCGCGCGGUCAGACGCCCAGGCGGUGUGCUCCUGGGACGGCGAGCUGAGCUACGCUGAAUUGGACGCGUUGUCGGAUCGGCUGGCCCGGCAUCUCGAUGAGCUUGGAGUCUGUGAGGAUACCAUGGUCGGUCUUUGUUUCGAAAAGUCCAUGUGGACAAUCGUCGCCAUGUUGGCCGUCAUCAAAGCAGGCGGCGUAAUAGUGCCUCUCGGGAUGAAGUUGCCGCCGCAACGCCUGAGCAUGCUUCUGGAAAAUACCAAGGCGUCGGUUGUGCUGACCUCGGAUCAAUGUGCAUCCGUAGUUGAGCACGUGGAAGCACCGCACAAGUGUAUAGUCGACGCCGCCUUCUUCGAGAAGCUCCCAGAGGCGGCCGGGCCCCCGGCUCGGCCAUCGCCAACCUCGGAGCGCCCUGUCCUUGUCAUGUACACGUCAGGGUCCACCGGCCUACCCAAGGGCGCCGUUGUCACGCAUGGUGGCCUCUGCGCCAGCCUCGACGCCCAUGGCGCCACGGUUUGCCUCGAUACCAACACUCGGACAUUGCAAUACGCCGCCUACACCUUUGACGCGAGCAUUUUCGACAUUCUCGGAACCCUUUGGUUUGGUGGGUGUAUUUGUGUCGUGUCUGAAGAGGAUAGGAUGAACCCCAACGACCUCGCCCGCGUGGUGAGGGACAUGGAGGUGAACUUUAUGCUUUUAACACCGACCGUGGCCAGCAUCCUCGACCCUACGGCCGUUCCCUCGCUACGCACCUUGGCGUUGGGUGGAGAGGCCCUUCGGCCUGCCGUAGUCGAGAUGUGGUCAAGCCAUGCCUCCAUCUUUAAUUGUUACGGGCCGACGGAAUGCAGCAUCAUGUGCGCCAUCAAUGGCCCCGUCACCGACAAGAACCUUUCCAGCAACAUAGGCCGCUCUCCGGCGGCUUCCGUGUGGGUAGUUAACCAGGACGACUACAAUCGCUUGGUGCCUAUCGGCGCCGUCGGAGAGCUGUUGAUUGAAGGUCCUCUCUUGGCCCAGGGAUAUCUCCACGACCCGGAAAGGACGGCAGCCGUCUUCAUCACCGAUCCCGCCUUCGUUUCCAGGCAUGAACUCGCCAAACCCCAUAGAAGCACCCCGAGGCGAAUGUACCGAACGGGUGAUUUGGUCAGGCAAAAUCCCGCAGACGGCUCCCUUACCUACGUUGGGCGUGGGGAUGGGCAGUUCAAGAUUCGUGGCCAGAGGCUUGAGGUGGGCGAGAUCGAGUAUUGGGCGAAACAAUUCUUUGACCAGGCACGAGAGGUAGUGUCCACUCUCAUUGCGCCAGCUGUGCGAAACGGAGUCCCCGUCCUGGCAAUUGCCCUGGAGAUUUCAUGUCAGGACACGCCCGAUAGCACGUCGCCCUUUCUACCGCUCACCGACGCUCUGCGCUGUUCUCUCUCAGCACUUCAAGACAACCUCGCGCGAGCGCUCCCCUCCUUCAUGGUCCCAUCAAUGUACGUUCCGGUGCGGCGAAUGCCGUUGACGACUUCUGGAAAGAUCGAUCGAGGCCAGCUCAGGAACCUCCUCAACGACCUAGGCGAGGAUCAACUUUCCCAGUACGCCUUGAUUCACGAAUCCCGCUCUUCCGGGAGGCCAUUGACCGACUCAGAAUCUCGGCUACGAGAUCUCUGGGUCUCCGUUCUCAGCACCAACGCAGCUAUCGGGCCGGCUUCUGACUUCUUCCGUCUCGGGGGCGACUCGGUUAUUGCGAUGCGCCUGAUAGCCAUGGCCGCGAAGGCAACCCCCCCAAUCCGCCUCACGAUAGCCGAUGUGUUUGGAAAUCUAGUGCUGGAGAAUAUGGCCAAAAUUGUGGCCGGAAACUCAGCCAGUAACACUGGGCAUGUGGAUGCGAGUAGUGCAGGCGGGAUGGAUGUGGCUCCCUUCUCGUUGAUGCCAACCUCAUCCGCCUCGCAGGACACGUUAGUUCGCCUUUCCAUACAGUGCGGCGUCACACCGGACGACAUUGAAGACGCCUACCCAUGCACCCCCCUCCAGGAAGGGCUACUCGCUCUCACAGCACGGGAACAGUCAGCAUACGUCGGUUGCUGGGUCUUCCGUAUGGGCGACGACUUGGACGUGGACCGCUUCCGAAGCGCUUGGGAGAAGGUAUCCGAGAUGGCCAUAAUGCUUCGUACACGAAUCAUUGCAGGGGAUGGAGCUCAGGCUGGCACACAAGUGGUCAUUCGAGAGUCCCUACCGUGGAGCACAGUAUCGUCAGAUCUAGAGACGUAUCUUUCCCAGGACGAGCCGGAUUCCAUGGGCGUUGGCAGGCCGCUCAUGCGCUUUGCCGUCGUGUUGACUCCCCAGUCCGGCCGUUUCUUCGUUUGGAAAGCCCACCAUAGCACCUACGAUGGUUGGUCGUGCUUUAAGUUGCUCCGGGCCGUCCGGGACGUUUACUCUGGGCAAGAAACAACCGCGUUUGUGCCCUACACGCGUUUCAUCAAGUAUCUUCGGCGGGAAAACGCUCAAUCAGAAGCCGAGGAGUACUGGCGCUCCGAGCUGAAGGGCGACCUCGGCUCUGGCUUCCCCACCGUUCCCCCGAACCAUCGAUCGCGGUCAUCUUCGGCUCUCAGCUUUCGCAUAGCUCCAGCCGCCGCAAGAAGCAUCUUCACAACCGCUACCCUGCUAAGAGCAGCCUGGGCUCUCGUCCUGUCGCAGGAGACUGGCAGCCGCGAUGUUGUCUUCGCAGUCACGCUCUCAGGGCGCAUGGCACCAGUGCCGGGAAUCCUCGACAUGGCAGCUCCGACGCUGGCCACUGCACCUGUUCGAAUCAAUACUAGCCGUAACCGCUCCGUUGGCGACUAUCUUGCUACGGUCCAGCAACAAGCGGUUGACAUGAUACCAUUUGAGCAUAUCGGGCUGCAGAAUAUCAACCGGAUGCUACCUGGCAAAACACUCGAGCUCAAUCAUCUCUUCGUCGUUCAGCCCUUCGCCGACCGCGUGGGUCAAGACAGCGCAUCGCUUUUACCACAGGGUUUGGAGCCGGUACCGCACAGUUCCAUGGCGACGUUUCACGCGUAUCCACUGGUGGUAGAGUGCAACACCGGGUCGGAAGCACAGGACGAGAGCCACGAUGUUGAGCUGGAGGCCCAUUUCGAUGAAACUGUGCUUCCCUCUGACAAAGCCAGGACUAUCAUGGAGCGGUUCAGGCACAUCUUCGUCCAGCUUCGAGCCGCCGCCGCUUCUGGUGCCGCCAAUAGCCCUCUCGCCCACGUCGACAUGUUGGGACCUCAAGACCUCUCACGCAUCCGCGGAUGGAAUCGAUGGAGCCCAGAAGCCGAGUCCAAAAGCGACAAGUGCAUACAUGAUCUUGUCCAUUUGCAGAGCCUCGCCCAGCCUAACGCCCAAGCCGUCUGCGCGUGGGAUGGCCAACUGACAUACGCCGAAUUGGACAGUCUGUCCCUCAAUCUUGCCCACCAUCUUGUCGGCCUCGGUGUUUGUCCCGAAGCUCCAGUGCUGAUGAUGUUUGAAAAGUCAUUCUGGGCCGUUGUCGCGCAUCUGGCCAUUCUCAGGGCCGGAGGCGUUGUCGUACCUGUUGGCCACAAUCACCCCGUUCAACGCGUCCAAGGCAUUAUACAAGCCACCGGAGCCAGAGUCCUCCUCAGCUCCAAAGAAUACAAGUUGCACUGCGGACUGGUUCCCCACGUCCUAGCCGUGAAUCAACACCUCAUGAGUGGGUUGCCCUCCAGGAAGCAGGGACCAGCUUGCGAGGUGAUAAACGCAACAAACGCUGCAUUCAUCAUCUUCACCUCUGGGAGCACCGGCGUCCCGAAGGGUGUCGUUCUGGAACACCGCGCGUUGGCGACAAGUCUGAAGACGCACGUGGAUUUGUUUGCCGGGCCCACAGCACCUCGGGCUCUCCAGUUUGCCUCGUACACCUUCGACGGUAGCAUUGCCGAGACUUUUAUACCCCUGAUCAGUGGCGGCUGUGUUUGUGUGCCAUCAGAAGAGGACCGUGUCAGCAAUCUCGCCGCCGCAAUGGAGACAAUGCGCGUCAGCUUUGCCUGCCUAACUCCGACAGUUGCCGGCUUUCUUCAGCCCGAAACAGUACCCUCCCUUAAGACCUUGCUAUUCGUGGGCGAAGCCCUCAAGCGCGAGGUAGUCGCAAGGUGGGUGGGUGGUGGCGUCCAAACUUGGAACGCAUAUGGACCUUCCGAGUGCAGCAUCACCUCCACCUGUAGCCGGCUUUCAGAUAAGAAUGAGGUGCCAAGUAUCGGAACCGCCGUUCCUGGCAGCAACGUGUGGGUUGUCGACCCACUUGAGCACCAUUGUCUCGUCCCCGUUGGCGUCCCAGGGGAGCUCCUUCUCGAAGGUCCGUUGCUUGCGCGUGGCUACCUCGGGGAUGGGGAGAAAACUGCUGCAGCCUUUAUAACCAAUCCAGCAUGGUUGGAGUGCUUUGACUUCGGGCCAAAAUCAGGGCGGCGAUUUUACCGGACUGGUGAUUUGGUACGGCAAGCCCCUGACGGCUCCCUCAUGUAUCUCGGCCGCCGGGAUAUGCAGGUCAAGUUGCACGGGCAGAGGCUGGAGAUUGGUGAAAUUGAGCAUUGGGUCAAGAAAAUUCUCGGGGUCCAAGCAGGUGCGGCUGUGGCAGGCCUCUUGACUCGAGAAGGGGAGAACUCAGGCGCAGGCGAACCUGUUCUGUCCGUUGCAGUGGAAAUGGACCGCCACGCCGAGUCAGAGGCUGGACUGGAACAGGACCAGAGAGGGGAAAGCCCGUUUUCCCUGCUACCGCUCUCCGAUAACAAGCGGGAGCUGCUGGCCCGAUUGCGAGAUUCCCUCUCAAAAGUCCUGCCUUCUUACAUGGUUCCGCGCUUGUACAUCCCCGUUGACAAGCUCCCAACGACGGAUUCGGGGAAGCUGGACCGACGGGUGGUAUGGGCGACAAUCCAGCAGUCUCGUCGGUCGUCGCAAUACUCAGUAGCCACCGAUCACACGAAAGUGGCACCCGAUACCGAUACUGGGCGACAGCUACAGAAGCUCUGGGCGGCGGCUCUGAGGAUACCACCACAGGAUAUAGGCGCUGGCGAUGACUUCUUCUUGUCUGGCGGUGACUCAAUCUCAGCAAUGCGUGUGGUGGCCAAGGCGCGCGGAGGGACUCGAAUGCCUCUAGCGGUAGCCGACAUCUUUCAGCAUCCUGUUCUGGCCGACCUCGCAAAGGUUAUAGAUGCGAGGCAGUCGGAGAAUGCUCACCAACAGUCGAGUUACCGGCCUUUCUCGACGAUAAGAGUCGCAGAGUCGGGUCCACAUGUCGCCCAAUUCAUUCAGCCACUCCUGCUCGAUGGUGGUCAUGCCGUCGACGCUGCCCCCGUCACCGACUCGCAAGGUCUGUCGGUUGUGAUGUCGUUGCGGAACUCGCGUGAUUACACCGUCCAUAUCACGUUUGCCCGCGAGGGACCAUGCGAGGUUGAAAAGUGGAGAGCUAGCUGCUGGGAACUCAUCAGGCGGCACGAAGCACUAAGAACGGCCUAUGUUUUUGUCAAGGAGCAGCUGCUCCAGGUGGUAUUGGAAGCGUGGCAGCCCGCAAUUGGGCAUUUUGAGACUGAGGACGCCACUGUCGACGGCUUCACCAAGGACCUAAUCGCACGGGACAUGGACCGCCCGCUCUGCCUUGGUCGACCGUUUGUCGAGUUCGCCAUCAUCACGAGCCCAUCACAACAUCGCAUCCUGUUCCGCAUCUGUCACGCAGAAUACGACCGCAUGUCCAUGUCUCAUUAUCUCGACGACCUGGGUGCGAUUCAUGCCGGCAAGGCGGAUUCAGCCGAAUCCUCCAGCUUCAUACGUGACUUCGUUUCCACGCUUGGAGGCGAGCCGGAAAAGCUACGACGAAGUCGAUCGUACUGGCGCGACUUCCUCCAAGGUGCAUUGAUGCCGCGCAUCGCGCCGCCACAGGUGCUUCGUCCGUCGGAGCUCAUACACCACGGCAUGCGUAACGUCUCACUGCCGAGCCCAAGUUCGCGGUCCGGAGAGCAGACCACGGCCGCGACACUCAUGAGAGCCGCCUGGGGCCUCACGCUCUCGCGGUACACGGGCCUAGCCGACGUAACCUUUGGCGAUGUCGUCUCAGGCCGUAGCGCAGGCGAGCCGAAGGCGGUUCACGCGACCGGCUGCUGUGCCAAUAUCGUGGCCGCUCGCAUUGUUGUCCGCGCCGACGCCUCGGUCCGCGACCUGCUCGACGCUGCGCAAGCGCAGCACGUCGCGCGGCGUCCGCAUGAGACGGUCGGUUUCCGCGAGCUCCUAGGAAAUCGCGGCAAGAUGGCGCCCGAAGAUCCCCACUUCACCACGCGCAUCAAUCAUAUCGACCAUCAGUCGCAGUGGGAUAUGCGCGUUGGCGACGACAUCUACCAGACGACUAUCGACAUUGCCAACGGUGUACAAGACGUGACGGACUUGUACCUUAUGUCGUACUCGCACCCCGAUCAUAUUCAAGUAGCCUUUAUGUAUCGCGACGGGGCAAUCUCGGCGGAAACGGCGGACCAAAUCCUCUCCUGUCUGUGCGCGGCCUCGGAGUUACUCGCGGCGCCAUCCUCCCAGACGAUGCGGCUGGGCGAGCUCGAACUCGGCCCGUGCAGCAACAGCUGGCCGGUUGCCGGUAAUGGAAGCGUGGCGCUUGGGAUUGGACAGCCAAAUGAGGAGGCAGACUGCGGGACGUAA